GGUCGCCUGAGUUAUUGCGGCUGCCAAACCGAGACUGACUUAAGAGGUUGUCGGGACGAAAGUGUAGUAGAUCCAAGAGAUCUCCGGGGUUCUGACCGAAUAUAUAUUUCAGAGAUGGCCGCCGCAGAGAGCAUUCGGUUUUUGGUGAGUGUCAAGAACCAUUGAACUUUGAGACCGCGACUUCAACCGUAGUCACAUCCAUCACUUAUACCAUCUAACUAUUACCUCCAUCGUCCCUUGAGACUCCUGCACAAGACCAGCCUCGACCACUUAGUGUCUCUUAUUGCACGCAUCUGGCGGAAGCCAACUCUUUUCGCAAUGGAAAACGGAAAAUAUGUCGAUGGCAGCAUCUGGUUUUUCGCCCCGAAUAAAGUUGCACCAGUGUUCUUCGCGGUGGCUUUUGCCUCGUCGGGGAUCUUUCAUAUCUGGCAAUGCGUCCACUACAACAGCUGGAGGCUCACCGGGCUUUAUGUUCUCUGUGCCAUCUUCUUCACUGGCGGCUUCAUAACUCGUGAGAUGGGAGCAUUUGACUAUGGAGACCUCGUCAAGUACAUUAUCAGCAUCUGUCUGACCUACGCAGCGCCUCCCCUGUAUGAGCUUUGCAACUACAACAUCCUCGGGCGCAUCCUCUACUAUGUCCCGUACCACUCCCCCGUCCACCCCGGCCGAGUCAUCACCACAUUCGGCAUCAUCUCCAUGGUCAUCGAGGCCCUCAACGGAAACGGCGCCGCCUACACAGCCAACCAGUCCCUCCCGCAGAGCAAGCAGGACAUGGGGCGCGCCCUCCUGAAAGCCGCGCUCCUGCUGCAAGUCGUCGUGAUCGGGUGCUUCCUCGCGCUGACGGGGACUUUCCACCGGCGGUGCCUCAAGGCGGGUAUCAACAACGCCGACCUCCGCAGCGCGCUGCACACCCUCUACGCCAGCACGGCCCUUCUGACGGUGCGGACCAUCUACCGGAUCGUCGAGUACUGGAGCCUCGCGGCGCUGCACUUCGGCCCCGGCUUCGACCCCGCGACCAUGAGCCCCGUCGUCCGGUACGAGUGGUUCUUCUACGUCUUCGAGGCGUCCCUGAUGCUGUCCAACCAGGUCCUGCUCAACGCCCGCCACCCGCGCAGGUACCUGCCCAAGAGCGCCAAGACGUACCUCGCCCGCGACGGCGUCGCUGAGAUCACAGGGCCCGGCCUCAAGGACGGCCGGCCCUUCCUCGUCACCGUCCUCGACCCCUUUGACAUCUACGGCCUCGUCAAGGGCCGCGACAAGGAGAGGCGGUUCUGGGAGACGCACGAGGCCGACGCCGCGAAGCCCGUCGCUGGCCCGGCGAAUCGAAAUGACCCCGAGUCUGCGUGAGGGUUCUGCGGGUAGUGUGGGGGGUUGAAGCGGGUGGUUUUGGGUUUCUUUGGCACAGAUUAACAUUAGAAUUGUGAUUUUUUUUUAAAAAAAAUUUCCCAACUCGGAGGAUAGAUACCCUUUCGUUUGCAUAUUUCUCUCCCUUUCGUUCUUCCUCACCACCCUCCCGUCUUUUUCUUUGUUCAUUGCUUCCGAGCUCGAGGCUGCCCCAAGAGGGGAUGAUAGACUAGCUGGGGAUAUACUGAGAUAUACGGGAAUGGUGUUCUCGCUUUCGGCAUAAUAAUAGAGUAAAUUGCCUGUCGUGUAACGAGGACUUUGACU